GUGAGCAGCUCCGUGGAGCCCAGGCGAGCCGAGCCCAGAGCCCGAGUCCUUCCAAGCGGUUCACCAUGUUCGAUGAGCAGUUGUUGCUUCUGCGCGCGCUUCUGGUGCGACAAGGCGUCCUGAUCAUGGAGAACAACCAGCUCAUCCAACAGCUGGGGUGGCUCCUGUGUGAGCGGGCCACUCUGCUGCGCCACGUACGUCUGCCUAGCUAUCCGGUGAGGUUCCCCUCAAAGUUUGACGGCGAGAAUGCCUGGCUCCCCAAAUUUUUGAUGCAAAUGAUGUCUUACAUGAUUGUGAAUGACGAUUUCUUCUGCAACGAUGCCAUGCAAGUGGCGUUCAUGAUCAGCCUCCUCACCGGGGAAGCCGAGGAGUGGGUGGUGCCGUACAUCGAGAUGGAUAACCCCGUCAUCAGUGAUUAUCGGGCCUUUGUUGAAGAGAUGAAGCAGUGUUUUGGCUGGUAUGACGACGAAGAUGAUGAUGGGGAUAAGGACCAAGAAGAAGAUGAUGGAGUUGGCCACACCUAUUCAGACUUUGAUUGGACAGCUCACCAACCCUUCAAGGGGCCAGUCUUAACAGCCUGGUUAGUUCUGUACCUACACCCAGGUUCCUCCUCUACCCUGCCAGAUUGCUGCUGCAGGAGACCGAUGUGCCUGCUUGACAGUUGAAAUGCUGACAUUUCUUUUUCUCCUAUGCAUCAGUUUUGCACAGCUGUCAUUUUUCUUACAGAAUUGCAGCAGUCUCAGAUGUGGACAUGUGGACAAGUAGUACUAAAAUAAAAACAAGUGAACAGACAUUUAGCCCAGAUCCUCUCUAGUACCUGGACAAAGCAAUGGCAUUCUUUUCAAUAAAUAUCAAGCACUGCAAAACAGAAAAAA